AAAUCCCUUCUCCACCCUUUCAUCCAGAAAACUAAAAAGAAAAAGAAAGACAGGGCCGUGGAUGACUACCAAACCGCAUACGCAACCACCACGGCCAGGGCGGUGCUCCUCCUCUCCUAAACCUCACCUCCGCUGUCUCAUCCUCCGUCCACGGUGAUGAUGGACGCCGUCUUUCAAACACUAAACUAUUACCUCUCCGAGCAUCCAUCCAUUGUUAAUUUCCGAUGGAGCCACAGCCAAUCAUGGGGCUCCACCUGGUCAUUCCUCUUCUCCUCCAUAGUCUUCUACCUUGGAUUUUGCGCUUUCGUCCAUCUUUUCUUGGCGAUUCUUCUCCGUCGUGGCCGUGUGGUCCCCCUCGGUCCAAUCCCCGCCGUUCAUAGUCUCUCCAUGGCGUUGAUUUCGGUCACGAUCUUCGCUGGCAUUCUCCUUUCAACAGCUGCGGAGAUCCAAGAAACACGCUGGUUUUGGCGGCGUUCCAAGACCCCAUUUCAGUGGCUUCUCUGUUUUCCUCUGGGAACACGUCCCUCUGGUCGGGUUUUCUUCUGGUCCUACAUGUAUUAUCUUUCUCGGUUCCUCCACAUGUUCCGUACUUUCUUCACCAUUUUGCAGCUACGUAAACUGGCGUUUUUUCAGCUGUUUAACAAUUCCAUCUCCAUCUUUAUGUCAUUCUUGUGGCUUGAAUUCUCGCAAUCGUUUCAGGUCCUGGCAAUUCUUCUGGCUACUUUGGCUUACUCUGUGGUUUAUGGGUAUAGAUUUUGGACGGCAAUAGGCUUGCCCAGCGCUUGCUUCCCUUUCGUAGUGAAUUGCCAUAUGGUGUUGUUGGGUUGCAACCUCGCUUGCCAUGUUGGGGUGCUCUUGCUUCACUUUAUGAAAGGAGGGUGCAACGGAAUUGGAGCCUGGCUCUUCAAUUCAGUGCUUAAUGGAGCAAUCCUUUUGCUUUUCUUGAAUUUUUAUGUCAAGAUGCAUUUGGAAAACAACAAGAAGAAUAAGAAGAAGCGUCAUCAUCCAGUGAUAACAGAGGAAGAGAUGGAGAAAUUUAAAAGAGAGGACUGAGAAUGAUUUUAACAAAAAAAAAAGGUAGUAAUAUUUUUGUGUGUAGUGGUUCUGUGGUUACUGGUUAAUGUAAUUUGGUGGCAGCCAAAUAAUAGGAGGGCAGGGCAAAACCCUUCUACCCAUAAAGGGAAAACUGAAGAAUUGUGUAUUAAACUGUAAUAUAGCAGCAUUUUCUAUAGGCAAGGUGAGCUUUUCUUA